GCCCCGCCGCCAAGCGCCGCGGCCGCGUCCCCGCCCCUCCGCCAUGGCCGACGUGGAGGACGGGGACGAGCCGGGCGCCCCCCACUCGCACCCGGGCUCCUCGGCCUCCAAGGCGGGAGGCCCCGACAAGAUGUUCUCGCUGAAGAAGUGGAACGCGGUGGCCAUGUGGAGCUGGGAUGUGGAGUGCGACACCUGCGCCAUUUGCCGGGUGCAGGUCAUGGAUGCCUGCCUUAGAUGUCAAGCUGAAAACAAACAAGAAGAUUGUGUUGUGGUUUGGGGAGAAUGCAAUCAUUCCUUCCACAAUUGCUGCAUGUCGUUGUGGGUGAAACAGAAUAAUCGUUGUCCCCUCUGCCAGCAGGACUGGGUAGUCCAGAGAAUAGGCAAAUGAAAACACCCGAAGUUUUCUGUUGGACUUGUUGGAGUUGUGUAUAUUUUAUGCCACACGCUCAUACAGAAGAGUGGAACGUCUCAGUCGUGGCAUGAUGUGUUCAGCUUAUCUGCUACAGGGAACAGUGUGGUUUUGCUGUGUGCUCUUUGCUGUACUGGGAGGCAGUGGUGAGUCUUAUUGCAGGUAUUUCCACAACUGAGGGAAGAGAGGCACUGCAUUAAUAAAUGUUUCUGCUAAGAUUUGAGUGUUAACUAUAUCAAGAGCAUAGAAAUGUGGUGGUGCAGAUUAUACACCAAAUACAGUUCAUGUAAUGUUUCUACUUAGAGCAAUGAGUCAGUUUGAAAAGGAGACCUUUCUAUUAAAUCUGAUAUGCUGUAUAAUUUGGUGUCUGAUAAAUUAUUUUGGUUUUGGAUAAAUACAUCGUCUAAAUAAUACUGUAUACAAAAACACGUUAAGUGUUUUAGCAAGUAUUUUGUUUUUUAAUCUAAAAUGAGUAGUGUGUGGGCAACACUAGCAUUCUCAUGUAGGCUUUCUUUACGGCUUAAGAAAAUUAGUUGCAUCUCUGAAGUCUGUUGCUAUUAAUGUUCUACACGUUUUCUGCAUUUGUGCUUACUAAAAUUUAACCACAUCUAUGAUUUAAAUUCAUAUUUCUUUUAAAGUUCAUGGACACAAGUACUUUUAAUCCAGAAAUUUUUGGUACGAAGACACACAUUGGAUAUCAGUUUAGUUGUGGUGUAAACCAUGUUGCUGGUUAGCUGUCUAAUAUGGAAAACAAAAACAACCAUUUUAAUGUCCCGAGGAAAGCAGGUACCAAUUAAAUAUAGGAAUAUAAUGUUAAAUUGUGCUUUCAUCAGAAUUCAUGUACAGAAAUUUCUUCAUUGUCAUUUUAUUGGAUUACAUGUUUGGUUUGGGAUGUAAGAGAAAGUAUUGUUUCACUGCUGUGGAAAUCCUCAAUAUAUCAUUUUUUUUAAUAGGAUCAGACCUGUGAUUUUUCCUGUGUGUAUUGAAGUGCUUUACUCUCAAUAUCUGAAGUAAUUACUAUUAAUCUGAACAUAUGUUUUGUUGGUUUUUUUAAUAUAUGUAUGCAACAGAGAGAUUGAGUUACUAAGUCUGUAACAAUUUCAGACUUAAUAAAAUGGUUAAUAAACUCGGGUGGAAUUGAA